UUAUACCCCGCCCAUCUGGCCGGGUCUCCCCAGCCACUCUGGGCGGCUUCCAACAGAAGAAUAAAACACAAUAAUCUAUUAAACAUUAAAAGCCUCCCUGAACAGGGCUGCCUUCAGAUGUCUUCUAAAAGUCUGGUAAUUGUUUUUCUCUUUGACAUCUGUUGGGAGGGCGUUCCACAGGGCGGGCGCCACCACCGAGAAGGCCCUCUGCCUAGUUCCCUGCAACUUGGCUUCUCGCAACGAGGGAACCGCCAGAAGGCCCUCGGUGCUGGACCUCAGUGUCCGGGCAGAAUGAUGGAGGUGGAGACGCUCCUUCAGGCCUUGCAGGACUGCGUGGAAGAUCUCCUGAAAACCUUUCGGGGCGACCCCAUCGACCUGGUUGCUGGCAUUGACGCAAUGGGCUUCAUCCUAGGCGCUGCCAUCGCCCACACCCUCCAGAAGGGCUUUUUGGCCAUACGGAAAGCUGGGCACCUGUGCGUGAAAACCCUCUCGAAGCAUUACAAGGACUACCAGGGUCGCGAGAAGGUGAUGGAGAUGCGGGCUGAUGCCAUCUCGCCAGGCCUUCGCGUCUUGCUGGUGGACCAGUGGGUCGAGACCGGGGGCACCAUGCGGGGCGCCAUCCACCUGGUGGAGGAACAAGGCGGCCUAGUGGCAGGCAUCGCUGCCAUCUGCGUGGAGGACAGCGAGGGUGGGCUCUGGCUGAAAGACCGCUACAAGUGGGCACACUGCGUGCCCCCCCAACUGAUGCCCCAGUUCAACGCUCACCGGCUGGACUCCUUCCACGCCUUCAACUCCAACCAAGGACCGCAGUAGUGGGGAAGGCACACAGGUAAAUGCACGCCCCCAAGGCGCCCCGCAGAGACCCAUAGCAUCCCAAGAGAGGCAAGUUCCGCCUGCUUCCCGGGUCAUAAACCUCCAGGAUCCUGCAAGCGUGUGACUCAGAGACCAGUUUGGGAAUCUUGCCUCCAUGCCUUCCAGCUUAUCUGGCACUCCAUCAGAAAAAUGUUCCUUCUCCGUAUUCUUCUGCCCCAGUGUAGUUAAUAAACCACCCGCUGAAUCGAUGAAACUUAGAUUCCUAGUUCGGAGGGACCCCCGAGGGUCAUCCAGCGUUGAUGUCUUGUACAAAGUGCUCCAUGUUGCAUUAAAAAAAAAGCAAUGAGGUCUUGGGCGGAGGACAUGAGGGGCACAGAAACUCGGGUCACUUUUAAAAGAGGGGAGAGGGGGAUGUUGUGGGGAGAGGAGGGUGUCAUAGAAUUGUAGAGCUGGAAGGGACACCAAGGGUCAUCUAGUCCAACCCCCUGCAUGGUCCUGGGGCCACACAGAGAUGCCUGGAGAGCCGCAGUCCCCCCCACCCCCAGCAGUAAAACAUGAAAUUAAGUAUUGGACAAUAUGAGGGGGUCGUGCUCAACCAAGUUCUACUCAAAGACACACUGGAAUUGAAUGGACCUAAGUU